AUGGCUUCGGCGGUGGAGCGGCGGAGGGAGGAGCACACGCGGAGAUCGCGUUCCCCAGCAAGGGACAGGGAGCGGAGGGGAACGCCGCCACGCAGGCGGAGUUCCCCAGAGCGGAGGAAGGGUUCGCCUGCUAGGGCACGGUCUCCUCCUGCGAAGUCAAGUGCGUCGCACAGGGACAGGGACAUGUCGCCUCCGAGGGAGAAGGUGAAGGAGCGUGUCAAGUCGCCGCAGUCUCCUGCUAAGGUCAGCCUGUCGCACAAGGGGAGAGAGAGGUCACCUCCCAGGGAGAAGGCGAAGGACCAACGGGUCAGGUCGCCGAAACAUACGCAGGAGCAGUCACGAUCACCCUCACCUGCUAGGCGGCAUGUCUCUAGGUCUCCCUCGCCACGCACCAAGAGGCUGAGGAGAGCCCAGGGUGAGCGGGAGGUGACGCAGGUUACUGGCAGUGACCGCCGGAAGGCCAGUCACAGGGAGGAGCAGGAUACAGUGAGGCACAGUGAGCAUGAUGAGGGGAGGGAUGCUUCAAGGGACAGGAAGGUGGAUAAGGAGGCAGUGCAGGUAAUGAAUGGUGAUCGUCGCAAGUCCUCGCACAGGGAAGAGCGAGACUCACGGGGCAAGCUCAGGGAGCAUGAUGAAGGGAGGGAUGCAUCUAGAGAUAGGAAGUCGGAUCGAGAGGAUACCAGAGGUACUGCAAAAGAUAAGAAAUAUGAUCGUGAUGAUGUGAAGGAUCAUUCUAGGGAGAGGAGGGCUGGGAAGGAUGACAAGUCUGGUGCUUCAAAGGAGACAUUGCCGAGCCGGGAUGAUGAUAGGCAUGGAAGGCCUAAUCGGGAUGACUGGAAAUCUGCUUCUUCAAGGGAGCAAAGGCUGGACCGUGGUGACAGAAGGGAUUCUACAAGAGAGAAACCAACAGAUCAUGAGGAGAGCAAUGGGGGAUCAGGAAGGUCAUCCAGGCGUGGUCGAUCAGUGUCUCCAGAAGAGCACAGGCAUCGGGGCAGGCAUGAAUCUCAUCCAUCACCGAAGGUGUCCAGAAGUGCAGCACGUACCGAGGAUACUAACUCUAGAGGAGGUGAAGCAUCCCGGAGCGGAGAUCCUGAUGCUUUGGCAAGAAUGAACGCAACUGCAGAAGCUCUUGAAGCAAAAGAAAAGCAAAAGCCAUCGUUUGAAUUGUCUGGAAAGCUUGCUGAGGAGACCAACAGAGUUGCAGGUGUAAAUCUAUUAUAUUCAGAACCCGCAGAGGCUCGGAAGUCAGAGAUUAGAUGGAGGCUCUAUGUAUUUAAAGAUGGUGAACCACUGAAUGAACCACUGUAUGUUCAUCGGAUGACCUGCUACCUUUUUGGAAGAGAGAGGAAAGUUGCAGACGUCCCCACAGAUCAUCCCUCCUGCAGCAAGCAACAUGCAGUUCUUCAAUACCGACUUGUGGAGAAGGAGCAACCAGAUGGCAUGAUGGCAAAGAAAGUAAGGCCUUAUAUGAUGGAUCUUGAUAGUACAAAUGGAACUUUCAUCAAUGGAAAUCGCAUUGAGCCUCGGCGCUAUUAUGAGCUAUUUGAAAAGGAUACACUCAAGUUUGGCAACAGUAGCCGGGAGUAUGUUUUGCUCCACGAAAAUUCAACAGAAUGA